CCUCUCCGCCGUUUCGAGCCUUGUCUCUCAUAUUCGACCCUUUUUCGAGUUUUCUCGACCUUUCUUUGACAGCAACAUGAGUUACGGCGGCUACGGCGGCAGUGCUGGUGGUGGUUACGGUGGCGGCUACGGAGGCGGGGGCGGAGGCGGAGGCAGCUACGGCGGUCACUCUGGCGGAGGCGGCUGGGGUGACGACCGGAUGGGCCAUUUGGGCAACGGUCUUCGUGCUGUCGACUGGAGCGCACACAAGCUCACUGCUUUCGAGAAGAACUUCUACGUAGAAGACAAGCGUGUCUCAGGACGCAGCGAUAGAGAGAUUGAGGAGUUCCGGAAGAUUAAGGAGAUGAAGGUCCAAGGGCGUAAUGUCCCAAGGCCUGUCACCUCAUUCGAUGAGAUCGGGUUUCCCGAAUACAUCAUGUCGACUAUCCGGGCUCAAGGCUUCCCUGCUCCCACUCCCAUCCAAUGCCAGGCAUGGCCUAUGGCUCUGACCGGGCGCGACGUUGUCGCUAUUGCUCAGACAGGCAGUGGAAAGACCAUAUCUUUCGCUCUCCCCGCCAUGUUGCACAUAAAUGCGCAACCGCUAUUGGCGCCGGGUGACGGGCCCAUUGCGCUUAUCCUCGCCCCCACUCGUGAGUUGGCGGUGCAGAUCCAGCAGGAAUGCACCAAGUUCGGCUCGAAUUCUAAAAUACGGAACACCGCUAUCUAUGGUGGAGCCCCUAAGGGCCCCCAGAUUCGUGACCUUCAGCGGGGAGUCGAGAUCGUGAUCGCUACUCCGGGACGGUUGAUCGACAUGCUCGAGACACAAAAGACCAACUUGCGCCGCAUCACUUACCUAGUCAUGGAUGAAGCAGAUCGCAUGCUGGACAUGGGUUUCGAGCCUCAGAUUCGCAAGAUCGUUGGUCAGAUACGGCCCGACCGGCAGACGCUCAUGUUCAGUGCGACAUGGCCGAAGGAUGUGCAAAAGCUCGCUAAUGAUUUCUUGAAAGACUUUAUUCAGGUCAACAUUGGAUCUAUGGAGCUGACUGCGAACCACAACAUUGCGCAAAUUGUUGAAGUUUGCAGUGACUUCGAGAAGCGUUCGAAGUUGAUCAAGCACUUGGACCAAAUCAGUCAGGAGAAUGCAAAGGUCCUGAUCUUCGUCGGCACGAAGCGGGUCGCAGAUGACAUCACAAAGUACCUCCGUCAGGAUGGAUGGCCUGCAUUGGCCAUCCACGGUGACAAGGAACAACGUGAACGCGACUGGGUCCUGGGCGAAUUCAAGGCUGGUCGUUCACCAAUCCUCAUUGCCACGGAUGUGGCGUCCCGUGGUCUUGACGUGAAGGAUGUUCGCUACGUCAUCAACUAUGAUUUCCCCAACAACUGCGAGGACUACAUUCACCGUAUUGGUCGUACGGGACGUGCAGGUAUGAAGGGCACGUCCUACACCUACUUCACUACGGACAACGCGAAGUCCGCUCGGGAGCUGAUCACCAUUUUGCGCGAGGCCAAGGCAGACGUGCCUCCACAGCUAGAAGAAAUGUCGAUGUUCGGUGGCGGUGGCGGUCGCAGUCGCUACGGUGGUGGCGGCGGCGGCCGUGGUCGCGGUGGAGGUGGAGGUGGAGGUGGCGGUGGCGGUGGCGGCAGGUACGGGGGUCACGACAACGGCUAUGGUAGUCGCAACGACCGCUGGUGAGCUGUUUGGCCCUGCUUAGGGUGCUCGUGUCGCCCAGCAACACUUUCUUGUUAUCGUAUGGGGGACCUUGAUAGAUCCUGCUGCUGCGGUCGUCGGCCAUAAUUCUCCGUUACAUGUCCUAGAUUGUAAUGUCAUGACGCUAGAUGAGGCCUAGUGCUUUGCAAUGACUUGACGUCCUUACAUAUAU